UGGCAAUGCUGUCAGUUGACGUGGUACAAAAACAAGCGGCUUUUAAUAACGAAGAAGAUACGCAGAGUUUUUGUAGUAAAAAAUUAUUAAGUUUUUAUAUCUAAAAGUUUUAAAGAACAAUUCUUAAUCUUAACUGCCAGAAAAAUGGGUAUCACCGAGACAUUGCAAAUCGAUGAAAUGAUACGCGACUUUAACAGAAUGAACAAGCGUCAGUCAUUGUAUCAGUUCUUGAGUUUUGCUAUGAUUGUAUCCUCGGCUUUAAUGAUUUGGAAAGGCUUAAUGGUGGUAACAGGUAGCGAAUCGCCUAUUGUUGUAGUGCUGAGUGGUAGCAUGGAACCAGCCUUCCAUCGCGGUGAUUUGCUGUUUUUAACCAAUUAUAAAGAAGAACCUGUCCGUGUCGGUGAAAUUGUAGUUUUUAAAGUCGAGGGGAGAGAUAUACCUAUAGUGCAUCGUGUUAUAAAAUUACAUGAAAAGGAUGAUGGUUCUGUGAAAUUUCUAACCAAAGGUGACAAUAACAAUGUUGACGAUCGAGGUCUCUAUGCUCCGGGUCAAUUAUGGCUAACAAAAAAAGAUAUCGUUGGUCGGGCCCGGGGGUUUUUACCGUACGUUGGCAUUAUAACAAUAUUCAUGAACGAAUAUCCUAAAGUUAAGUGGGCAAUAUUAUCAAUACUGGCCAUUUUUGUUUUACUUCAUCGCGAAUAAUGUCUAAACGAGCUAAAGAAAAUCCACUAAUAGAAAGCCGCCAAUAUCACAAAUUUUGUAAAGCAAAAAGUACUUUCACGUUCCCCCUCUACAGCUCUUAUUAAAAUUUAUAAUCAUUUAAAAGUUACAACAAAUUUUAGUUAGUUAGUCCAUUAGACUUAUGUGAAUAAAUGAAUGCUGAAAUGAAGACUACGAGAAAGACGGGAAAACUUUUCCACAUACACAUAUGCACACAAUUUUUCAAAAGAAGUACGAAAUUGUCCUACGCUGCAAAAGUCAUUCAACGAGACUUGUGUUGUACUAAACUUAAGUUAAUUUAUUUUUCAGUUUCUUGAUAAAGAAAUAAUUGAAAGCAUUUUUGUUAACAAACAGACGUAAAA